AAACGUUUCGUCUGAACGUUAAUUAUUACGGGAAAUCGAAGCAUGCUACUAACAAUGUAGUUUCACUUUGCAACCACCAGACAAAUAAUUGCAAUAAUUGCUUAUCUUCCAACUUUGAUUCCUUAAUUGAAUGGUGAUUGAUUAUGGAAUCAGAUUGGACCGGACGCUGGAAUCAUGUGCAGAAGUUUCUGGAGAGAGGAGGACCUUUUGCUCAUCCAGAUUUUGAACCAAGUUCUGAGGCUCUGGCCUUCCUACAGGAGGUGUGUAAGAUCCUGGUUAUAGGAGCUGGAGGUCUAGGAUGUGAACUUCUGAAGGAUCUGGCUUUAAUGGGGUUUCAGAAUAUUACUGUAAUUGACAUGGACACCAUAGACCUGUCAAAUCUCAACAGACAGUUUCUGUUUAGGAAAAAAGAUGUUGGAAAAUCAAAGGCAGAUGUGGCUGCAGAGUUUAUCAACAACCGGGUCCCUGGAUGUAAAGUUGUGCCUUAUAAUUGCAAAAUACAGGAAUUUGACGAAGCAUUUUAUAGACAAUUCCAUAUCAUCGUAUGCGGUCUAGAUUCUAUUAUUGCCAGGAGGUGGAUGAAUGGCAUGCUGGUGAGUAUGCUGAAUUACGAGGAUGGUGAACUGGAUCAGGGUUCUAUCAUACCAAUGAUUGACGGGGGAACAGAGGGAUUCAAGGGCAAUGCCAGGGUCAUAUUCCCGGGAAUGACUGCAUGUGUGGAAUGUACUCUAGACUUAUACCCACCACAGGUGAAUUUUCCACUCUGUACUAUUGCACAUACUCCAAGAUUACCCGAGCACUGUAUAGAAUAUGCUAGGAUUUUUCUUUGGCCAAAAGAGGAACCUUUUGGAGCUGGGGUGAAGAUUGAUGGGGACAACCCAACACAUAUCAAGUGGAUCAUGGAGAAAAGUGUUCAACGGGCAGACGAGUUUAACAUUUCAGGAAUAACUUAUAGACUAACGCAAGGUGUUGUGAAGAGAAUCAUUCCAGCUGUAGCAUCAACUAAUGCACUUAUUGCAGCUGCCUGUGCAACAGAAGUUUUUAAAAUAGCAACAAGUUGCUGUUUACCACUAAGUAACUACAUGAACUUUAGUGAUACAGAAGGGAUCUAUACGUACACGUUUGAGGCAAUGCGCAAGGAGGACUGUAUGGCCUGUAGUAACAUACCACAGAACCUGAAUUUCUCUGAGACUGACAAAUUACAAGAUAUACUCACAUACCUCAUUGAAAGUCCUGAAUACCAGAUGAAGUCUCCGGGAAUGACAACAUCUGUAAAUGGAAGCAAUAAAACAUUGUACAUGCAAACUGUGAAAUCUAUAGAGGAGCGAACAAAGGCAAAUCUCAAGCUAACUCUAAAAGAACUAGGACUCGUGGAUGGUCAGGAGCUGUAUGUAGCGGAUCCCACCACACCCGUAACUGUGACCUUUAAACUACAGCUGGGCUCAAAAAUGGAAUAAUCAACCAACAUCACAGCAUCUUAUCAAUUAAGAAUGACUGGAUAUUGCUAAUGUGAGAUCAACUGAAAUGAAAGUGUUCAAAGCCUUCGUCACACAGACUUUUCUAUUUAUUAUAAAAUUUGUUUUCAAGGAGUGCUUAUUUAUGACAAGGAACAAAUAAUAAAAGCACUGCAACCAUGACCAACAAAUGAUCGUACUACUCUACCUAUAGUGCCGAUACGUCCAUUCUUUAAACAUAGGUUUGUGUGAUAAUUGGACCAUAUCAUCAGGAGGUGUGUUUAUGAGCAAAACAUGGGCUACAUCAUGUAGAUAUGUUGUUAGACAACUUAGUCAUGUUAUCCAGAUUGUUUUGCCUCUCAAUUAGUGAGCCUCGUCUGCAGAACCAGUGUUGUGGAGCAAGAAGUGAUAUUGAUGAUUUAUUUACUAUUCUUUUUCAUAUUUUCAAUAAAUCUGCUCACUCAAGAUGAUACUUAACACAAAUUAAUAACUUCAGUCCUCUAGCUGGGAGAAGAAUGUGACACAAAGCAUAUUCCCUUGUACAAGUUUUGCUUGCAAUGUAGCCAAUAGUCUUUUAGUUCAAGAAGGUGUCAACACUGCAAUCGUUAGGUCAUUUUUACCAAGAUGAUUGUAUUUCUCCAUUGUGAUAUAGCCGAGUUACUUCCCUUUGGGCCACUCUAUCCAUGAUAGUAUAGUAGUAGUAGAGUACCGAUCAGCUCGACGGGCUCAGAAUGGUAGUACUGAUCAGCUUGACGGGCUCAGAAUGGUAGUACUGAUCAGCUUGACGGGCUCAGAAUGGUAGUACUGAUCAGCUUGACGGGCUCAGAAUGGUAGUACUGAUCAGCUCGACGGGCUCAGAAUGGUAGUACCGAUCAGCUGGACGGGCUCAGAAUGGUAGUACUGAUCAGCUUGACGGGCUCAGAAUGGUAGUACUGAUCAGCUUGACGGGCUCAGAAUGGUAGUACCGUUCAGCAUGACAGGGGCUCAGAAUGGUAGUACCGACCAGCUUGACGGGCUCAGAAUGGUACCAUUGUUGCUGAUUCUGUGACUAGGGGGCAAUUACUAUGAUGUAUAUAGUGUGGAUGUAAUAGCGGUCAAGAUCAAAAUCAAAAUCAAAUCCACUAUGGAAAGCAAAAAGGAAUUUUCUAAAUUACCUGUAAGCACAGAAUUGCUCUUUUGUACAAUAUUUAUGUAUGACUCAAGUACAUUUAUUACACGUCCUUUGCUAUCAAUAUUUUUAAAACUGAACAAACAAAUCAUUUUAACAUUUGUUAUAUUUAGAUCUCCUUAUACAAUGUAUCAUUAAAAUAUAAGAUCAACUAUUCCUGGUUCCAUUACAUCACAAAAAUAUGUGAAGCUAAAGGUUUUACAAAGUACAUUUACUUCCAUAAAGUUCAGAUUAAUUGCAUAAUGGCGUGGAUUCUGUCUGAUAAAACAUUUCUCAUUUGUCUAAUGUAAUGUUCAAGGCAAGUUGGACAGGUUAAAUGAAAUUUCAUGAUCCUGAAGAUUUGUAACUCCAACAAGUAACACCUUUUAUAUCCUGUAUUCACUAUGGAUAAUUUGUAAUAGUUGUAUUGUCUAUACAGGUGUAAAGAUUAAUUUAGGUUUUGACUACUGUGAUAAUGGAGGGUAAAACAAGUAUUGAAAAUUUUGUAUUAUUUGUCAAUAAAUAAUCACUGCUAUGUA